AUGAAUGAGUAUAAGGUUUGUGUUGUGAUAGGCGCAAACAGUAACUUAGGGAUCAACAUUAUAUACAGAUUAAUUGAAGAAACUUCCAAAGUUCACGAUCAUGAUAAUAAGCCUGUAACAUUAACUUUCGUUAUUUCCUCGAGGACACUAAUUCGUUUAAAAGAAGUAAGCCAAUUAGUUAAAUUGUUUAUUACAAAGAAUAAAAUUAAGAACGUUUUGGUAAAUUUCAAUUAUUUGCUAUUGGAUUUAACAGAUAUGCAAAAUAUAAUAGAUGCUGCUGUGUAUAUUCAACAAACAUUUGAUCAUAUAGAUUAUUUCUUCAUUAAUGCCGCUCAAGGCGUUUGUGGUGGUAUUGAUUGGUUCGGUGCUAUCAAAGAAUUAAUAUUGAAUCCUGUGAAGGCAGUUACAGAUCCUAGUUACAAACUUCAAGAAAUUGGUUUAAAAUCAAAAGAUGGUAUGGGCUUAAUUUUCCAGGUCAAUGUAUUUGGACCGUACUAUCUAAUGAAACAACUAUUACGGCAAUUAUCAAAAAGGAAUGGCAAAGUGAUUUGGAUCUCUAGUAUAAGGUCAGACUCUAAAUAUUUAUCAUUGCAAGAUUUGGAACUAUUAAAUACAGGUCAACCAUAUGAAGGUUCAAAACGUGAAGUAGAUCUAUUACAUUUGGGUACAUACAAACGCCUCCGAGAACAAGGAAUAUAUCAAUAUGUUACACAGCCAGGGAUCUUCAUCAGCCAAUCAUUUAAUCAAUUCCUUAAUUUCUUCACCUAUUAUGGAAUGUUACUCAUGUUAUAUUUGGCUCGAUUUUUUGGCUCUCCUUGGCAUACAAUUGAUGGAUAUAACGCUGCACAUGCUCCGAUAUAUAUUGCUUUAGCAAGUGAGAAAACUAAGGAAAAAUGUUCACCGUUGUCUCAAAAUUUAAAAUAUGGUUCAGCAACAUAUAGAGAUGGAUCUGAAUAUAUUAAACCGCAGACAAUCGAUACGACAGCAUUAGAUUCAGUUCAGAAAUUCAUUGAAGACAAAGAACUGGAAUGGGAUCUGAAAUUGAAGAAAGAGAUCAUGUAUUCACAAGUGGAAUCAUCGGAAAGUUGCAUAUAA